AUGAGUCCCUCGAAGGCCUACAAGGCGGUGGGCUUCUCGUCCUUCGGCGAGUACACCAAGGGGCUCGCGUCGCUGGGCACCAUUCUCUCCACGCGCUCCUUCUCGCCUAUCAUGCCCGCGAACCCCGUGAAGUCUAGUGGUGAAGCCAUGAAGCGCGUUCUGGGCGCGUUUGACCUGGUCUGCCUAGGCAUCGGCAUGAUGCUCGGCGCCGGCGUGUUCGUCACCACCGGAUACGUGACCGCUAAUCUGGCAGGUUACAUCGUGGCCGGCAUCUGCGCCAUGCUCUCCUCCUUCUGCUACGCCGAGUUUGCUGUGGACAUCCCUGCCGCCGGUGGCGCGUACACUUACAUUGCCGCAGCCCUGGGCGAGUUUCUCGCCUGGCUUGCAGUGGCCAACCUCAUAUUUGAAUACAUUCUAGCCAAUGCGGCGGCCAUCCGAGGGUUCAGCCCUUAUUUUGCCGCCCUGACCAACAAGACUGAAACCUGGUACAUCCACUUCUGGACGGCGCCUGACGGCACCCUGUUCCAGCUUGACUGGUGGGCUUUUGGCUGGUGCCUUGUGCUCUCAGUCCUGCUCAUCUUUGGCACCAAGGAGUCCGCCUGGUUCAACGGCGUCGUCACCGUCCUGCACGUCGUGCUCGUGGUGUUCAUCAUCAUCGCCGGCCUGGUCAAGGCCAAGCCCUCCAACGCGGUGCCCUUCCUGCCGUUUGGCGCAAAAGGGGCAUUCAAUGGCGCGUCUAUUGUUUUCUUCUCGUACAUCGGGUUUGACGCCGUGGCCUGCGCUGCCGAGGAGACCAAGAACCCGCGCAAGGACCUGCCCAGGGGCAUCCUGGGCUCCGUGUCGAUCGUGACCGUCCUGUACACCCUCAUGGCCAUCACCCUGGCGCUCAUGGUGCCCCGCGAGGACCUCCUCGGCUUCUCCAGCGCGAGCUUCGCCAACGCCUUCACGUACGCCGGCAUGCAGUGGGCCACGUACAUCGUGGCUGUGGGCGCCCUCCUUGGCAUCAUUACUACAACCCUGGUGGGCAUGUACGGCACCAGCCGCAUCAUCACUGGCGUCGCACGCGACCACCUCAUCCCGCCGUUCCUCGCCACCGUCGGCGGCCGCGCGUCCACCCCCUGGAUCGCCAUCGCCAUCCAGGGCGUCGGCUCGGCCGUCCUCGCCCUGCUGUCGCCGUUUUCUGACCUGGCGGACAUGGUGUCCAUCUCUACACUGUUUGCCUUCUGGGUUGUCGCCCUCGGCCUGGUGUGGCGCCGCUCCUGCACCGACGGCAUUGGUGGUGGCGGCAACCUGCCCGGCCUCGCGACCGCCGACGACUCCGCGCCCGAGGGCGACGCAGACGCCACCCCUGCCGCUGCCCCCAAGAGCGAGAGGCUGGCGCCCGGGGCGCUGCUGCGCCGCCGCCUGCUGACAGCCGGCCUCCUGCUCGCCAUCAACGCCGGCGCCCUGCUCUUCACGCUCGGCUGGGUGUUCUCAGAGACAGGCAGCACCCAGGAGACCAUCACCCUGUCUGUCGGCGGCGGCGUAUUCCUCAUCAGCACCGCCUGCCUGCACCUGCUGGUCAAGCCCAUGUACACGCCGCCGCGCUACCAGGCGCCGCUGUACCCCUGGCUGCCGGCCGUGUCCAUGGCCUUCAAUGUGUUUCUGCUCGGCCAGCUUGGCAAGGUUGCCUGGAUCAGGUUUUUCAUAUGGACGGGCGCGUGCAUCGCGUGCUACCUGCUGUACUCGUCGGUCGCGUCGUACAACAAGCUCUCGUACGAGAAGGAGUCGCUGCCCACAAACGUGCCCGCGACCGAGCUGACCGCCGGCAAGGAUGCUGACAUCAGCAAGGACCUCGAGAUGACCAAGUGA